GAUACUCUCCUAACAACACGUUUGUUUACUAAUAAAUAGUCUAAAUUUCGGUAAGUCACAAAUUUUUUUGGCCCAAAUUAAUGCUUUGGAUGAAGCAACUCAAAAUUGUGAUCUUGUGUCUGUGUGAUUAAAAACUCUCAAACAAAGUAUGAAGAGACCAGUCCGACCGCCGCGAUUUCUUCCGGAAGUGUUGCAAGCCAUUUACGAGCUCAAAGAAAACGGAGGUUCCAACUCCACCAAAAUCGUUAGUCAUGUUAAAUCGUCCUUACGCAGCGUGAGAUCGUACAAUACAGUCAGGAAUUUAUCCACGCAAGUUAAGCGAGCCCUUAACCACGCCGCGAGUAAUGGCAUCGUCAAACAACGUGCCGGCAAAUUUAGAAUCAACACGGAGAUUUUAAACCCCAAUAAAGACUGCAUGGAAUGCCGCCGAAGAAAACGGCUCCAAGCCCAGAGGAGGAGGCGCCGCCGACGAAGGCUCCAGAAACACUCAAUCACUCCCAGCGCUCAGCGGCUCUUCGAGGAGUCCGUGAGACGGAGGCACAGGUACCGCGGCUUCAGCAACGACUCGGACUCCUCUCUCCCGGUGCGUGAAACAAGGAGGAGGCGAAAGAAAGCCGCCAAAAAGCGCAGAAGGAGGCGAAGGAAGUCGCAGUCUGAAGCCCGUUUCGGAAACGAGCCCAGAAGAAUCGACGAGGAGUUGAGGAAAGAUAUCGUGUACCCCGAUGACCACCAGGAGGGCCACGAGAUGCACCACGAGAGCCGCCAGUGCGACAACCCCGACUGCCUGUGCAACGUGAAGGAAGACAUCGAAGAAAUUCCAAAUUAUGAUAGCCCCAUGUAGAAGUCUUUGUGGUCUUACCAAUAAAGUGGUCUUAACAAA